GUCAUCAGCACCAAAGGCCGCGAUUUCACAUCGGAAACAAAACAGCGGAUGCUCGGGUUGGAACCUCGGCUGCUAGGGUCCGGUGGUGGUGGCGGCGAGGAAAGGAACCCCAGGAGGCUCUGUUUUCUGUGGAAAAGUUUAUCUGUACAAUUGCUCCAAUGACAGAGUUACCCGCUCCCUUGUCCUACUUCCAGAAUGCACAGAUGUCCGAGGACAACCACCUGAGCAGUACUGUACGUAGCCAGAAUGAUAGUAGAGAGCGGCAUGAUCACAGCAACGAGAGGCGGAGGCAUGGCAACACUGAGUCGGUAUCCAAUGGCCGAGCCCCCAGCAGCUCACAGCAGGUGGUGGAGCAAGAGGAAGAGGAAGAUGAGGAGCUGACACUGAAAUACGGCGCCAAACAUGUGAUCAUGCUGUUUGUCCCCGUGACUCUCUGUAUGGUGGUGGUUGUGGCCACCAUCAAAUCAGUCAGCUUUUAUACCCGGAAGGAUGGGCAGCUAAUCUAUACUCCAUUUACAGAAGACACGGAGACUCUGGGGCAGAGAGCCCUGCACUCAAUUCUGAAUGCGGUGAUCAUGAUCAGCGUCAUUGUCAUCAUGACGAUUUUCCUGGUGGUUCUAUAUAAAUACAGGUGCUACAAGGUCAUCCAUGCCUGGCUUAUUCUUUCAUCCCUGUUGUUGCUGUUCUUUUUCUCGUUCAUUUACUUGGGGGAAGUGUUUAAAACCUAUAAUGUUGCCAUGGACUACAUUUCGGUUGCGCUCCUGAUCUGGAAUUUUGGUGUGGUGGGAAUGAUCGCCAUUCAUUGGAAAGGUCCACUGAGACUCCAGCAGGCAUAUCUCAUUAUGAUCAGUGCCCUCAUGGCCCUGGUAUUUAUCAAGUACCUCCCAGAAUGGACCGCCUGGCUCAUCUUGGCUGUGAUUUCAGUAUAUGAUUUAGUGGCUGUUUUGUGUCCAAAAGGCCCGCUUCGUAUGCUGGUUGAAACAGCUCAGGAGAGAAAUGAAACUCUCUUCCCAGCUCUUAUUUACUCUUCAACAAUGGUAUGGUUGGUGAAUAUGGCAGAAGGAGACCCAGAAGCCCAAAGGAAGGUAUCCAAAAACUCCAAUUACAACGCACAAAGCACAGAAAGUGAGUCACAAGACCCAGUGACAGAGAGUGACGAUGGUGGCUUCAGCGAAGAGUGGGAAGCCCAGAGGGACAGUCGCCUGGGGCCUCAUCAUUCUACAGCUGAGUCGCGAUCCGCUGUGCAGGACCUUUCCAGCAGCAUCCUGGCCAGUGAGGACCCAGAGGAAAGAGGUGUAAAACUUGGAUUAGGAGAUUUCAUUUUCUACAGUGUUCUGGUUGGUAAAGCUUCUGCAACAGCCAGUGGAGACUGGAACACAACCAUAGCCUGUUUUGUAGCCAUAUUAAUUGGUUUGUGCCUUACAUUAUUGCUCCUCGCCAUUUUCAAGAAAGCAUUACCAGCUCUUCCAGUCUCUAUCACCUUUGGGCUUAUUUUCUACUUUGCCACAGAUUAUCUUGUUCAGCCCUUUAUGGACCAGUUAGCAUUCCAUCAGUUUUAUAUCUAGCAUAUUUACAGUUAGAAUCUCAUGGAUUUUUCUCCUUUGACUAUAAUAAAAUCUGGGGAGGACAAAGGUGAUUUUCCAGUGUCCACAUCUAACAAAGUCAAGAUUCCCAGCUGGACUUUUUGCAGCUUCCUUCCAAGUCUUCCUGACCACCUGCACUAUUGGGCGUUGGAAGGAGGUUUCUACAGAAAACGGUUUUGAACACGUCAUUGUGGUGAACUAAGUCCCUCAAUGCAGAAACUACCAGAUUUGAGGGACAAGGACAAGGCAAAGCCAUGGGCCAAAAAGUUGCUGUGCUCCCACCAGCAGGUUGACCUGUGGUCACAGGUGGACUUUACCAACGCUGCAGACUCUCAGGACUACCAUUACCAGAAGGUUAAAUGAAAUGGUUUAAACCAAACAGGACUCUUCAUCUUAAGCUACAUAUUGCAAAUCAACCUAAUAAAUCUGUAUUGAAUUCUGAACCUUUUCGGGAGAUACCAUAAGGAGAGCAGGCACCAGCAGCAAAAUGGAAAGACGAGAAGGGACUCAAACUUUCAGACUUUUUGCUGCGGACUUACCAUUUUUAAAUAAGACUUUUUUUCACCUGAGUCAAGUCAGAGGUGUAGGUUGAUUUUGACACUUCUUCUCAAGCACUGAAACUCAUUACUAUCUGUGGCUGCCAUUUCUUCCCAAGGCCAGUCUGAACUUAUUUGAGGUUGCUUUAUCUUAAAAGUCUUAACCUCAGGUUCAAAUUCAGUAAUUUCUGGAAAUAAUGGGACUGUAACUCAAUGAUUCCCUAUCACCCUUAGGUAAAUUCUGGAUUCUUCACCAAAUUCCUAAUUUGUAGGCAUAUUGGGAGGUUCACUUGCCCCCAGGUGCCUCCCUCCUUCCCUCUCUCUCCCUUUACUCCCCUCACGAGCACUUGUCCUGUGCAGUGAAUAAGACAGCCCUGUUGUGGUAGCAGAUGGUCCGAUUGUCAUAGGAUUUUGCUCUUUGUGUGGCACAAAGAAUGUGUCAUGAACCAGUGCUCUAAGCCCUGCUGUCAUAAUUUCUUCAAUAGCAAAAUACAGUGUGUGCCCAAAGACAGUAGAAUUAAAGAAGAGUAAAAUUGCUCGUGAAGCA